GUUGCGAGGCGACUUUGUGAUUUCAAUUUCCUCGGGGCUCCGGUUACCCCCACCCCAUCUCGCUCUCGGCUCACCGUACACCUGCUUUCUCUCUCAGAAAUUAGGGUUUUGCUUCGUCGGCAAUGGCUCCCAUUUCAGACUCAUCUGAAACCCGAAUACAUCAAGAAUAGCAGGGAAUAGGUCUAUACUGGAUGAUAAGUGCGCGGCCGGCUGUUCUGGUUUUGUAUUUUUUUGACUUUUUAAUUGUGCGAAGGAAAUGGAGUUGAAUUCAGGUAGUAGCGGGAUGGCCGCUGCAGAAAAUGGUGCUCCCUCGCCUCAUCCACCCUAUCCGGCGCCUAUGCCUAUCACGAACGCUCCUCCGCCGUUCCUGGUGAAGACUUACGACAUGGUAGAGGAUCUGAGCACAGAUAAAAUCGUGUCCUGGAGCCCUACUAACAACAGCUUUGUUGUAUGGGACCCCCCGGAGUUCGCCAAGGACUUACUCCCUAAGUACUUCAAGCACAAUAACUUUUCCAGCUUCGUUCGCCAGCUGAAUACUUAUGGAUUUAGGAAGGUUGACCCAGACCGCUGGGAAUUUGCUAAUGAGGGGUUUUUAAGGGGUCAAAAGCACCUGCUUAAAAACAUCACUCGGCGAAAGCCUGUUCAUGGACAGAAUCACCCGCAGCAACAACCACAGGGACAGAAGAGUUCAUCCAUUGCGGCAUGUGUUGAGGUUGGGAAAUUCGGUCUGGAAGAGGAAGUUGAGAGGCUGAAGAGAGACAAGAAUGUGCUUAUGCAAGAACUUGUCAGGUUGAGGCAGCAGCAACAGUCCACCGACAGUCAGUUGCAAACAAUGGCCCAGCGACUUCAAGGCAUGGAGCAGCGGCAACAACAGAUGAUGUCGUUCCUCGUGAAAGCCGUCAACAGUCCUGGGUUUCUGGCACACUUUGUCCAGCAGCAGCAAAAUGACAUCAGCAAUAGGCGCAUAGCGGAAGGGAACAAGAAACGGAGGCUUAAAUCGGACGAUCAGUCUGUUAGCCCUGCCGAUGGUCAGAUUGUAAGGUAUCAACCCAUGAUAAUGAAAAUGGAUUCUCCUCCUCCCCCUCCCCUUGGGCUAGACAGCUUUGUGAUUGGUGAUGUAUCAUCUCAGUCUACUGAUACAUUUAUUGACCAUGACAAGUCACCCAGCUGUGAUUCACCAACGACUAUGUCUGAGAUUCAAUCUUCCCCACUUCUUGUCAAGCCUGCCGCUGACACGACAAAUGAGCAAUUUGUAGAUAUGAUGAUUCCGGAGCUUUCUCAGUUACAAGAGAUUGUUGGAUCUGAAAGCAAUUUGGAUAUGGGUCCCACACCACUGGAUGGGAAAAUGGACUUACAGAUCGACAGUUUUUCUCCCGAUCCGCAAACAGAGUGGCAGAAUGCUCUAAUGGAUGACGAUGUACCUCUUGACACAUCCUUCUGGGAGAAGCUUCUUCAGAGUCCACCUUGUGUUGAACCUGAACAGGUGGAGGAAUCGGUCGCAUUUGAAGAUCCCAAGGACGGUGACACCAAAACAGGUGAAAAUGGAUGGGACAACAUGGAACAGCUUACCAAACAAAUGGGGCAGCUAACUUCCGAAGGAGAGAAAGGUCAGCCCUCUCUAAACGAUUGUACAUGAUUGAGGCCUUUAUAAAUUAUAACCAAGUAAUGGUCAUGACCAAUUUUUCUUCUUGUUAAUCUAGCAUAUUAUCAUGAAUUUCUUAAAUGCUAAUGCCUUGAUAUGAUGAUGAUGAUUUUUAUUGUUAUUAUAUUACCAUUAUUAUAUUACCAUUAUUAUCAUUGUUAUUA